GCCGGCAAAGACGACACCGAUACUUGUCCUUCAGUUUGACACAUCCUCUUCAAUUAAACUGACAAAAUCAUGUCCUACUUUGAGACGAAUUUUUGGCCGAGACAGCAGUACCAGAAUAUAGAGAAGCCGAAUGGAAACGUCUGCAGGUCGAUCUGUACAUCAGUGAUCGUGGGUUUCUUCAUGGCUCUCUUCGUCAUAGCCGUCUGGAACGUGAGUUUCCACCGUUCGGGGAAGAGUUACGUUGUACUCCUAGACGCCUCAAGAGAAGUCAUCCACAAAACCUCCCCGAGAUUCCUGUCAUUCGGGCUGGACUCAUCUCUCCUCAGGGAUAUGAAGAAACUCCCCAUCAACGACGAGAGACUCGUCAAUUUGGCUCGACAUCUGAGCCCCGCGUUCGUCAGGAUCGGUGGCACUUCUGCUGAUUGUCUUAUCUUUAAUGAAACCGUUGAGGGGAAUAUGAGGAGAAAUCCAGUCGAUGGAGAGGAUAUCAGUAAUUUCACACUGACUGACACUGAUUACAUAUCGAUCUACGAUUUUACGAGCAGAGCUGGAUUGCGAAUGCUGUUUGAUCUCAAUGUGCUCAUUCGAACUCCUUACAAUCAAUGGGAUGACUCGAAUGCUAAGAAACUCAUCGCUUUUUCUAAGGGACGGGAAAUGAAAAUUGACUGGCAACUUGGCAAUGAACCGAACUCAUUCCACCACGUUUUCGAUCGGAUUAUCCCCCCCGAUCAAUUGGGAAAGGAUCAUUUCCACCUGAGGAAUCUUCUCAACUCCCUCGGGUAUGAGGCCAGUAUUCUAGUUGGGCCUGAAACGAAUCACAUCGGGGACCCUGAUGACAAAGGAGUCAAUUAUGCCUCAGCAUUUCUGGUUAACGAUGGGCACAGCGUGGAUUUCGUAACUUGGCAUCAAUAUUAUUUAAACGGUCGUGAAGCCAAAGUCAUGGAUUUUAUUGAUCCAGCGGUAUUCAAUCGUCUUCCUGCUGAGAUCAAUGCGUUUCAACGGGCAAUCAAUAUUUCUGGUAGAGAUAUUAAAAUGUGGCUGUCAGAAACUAGUACUGCCUAUGGAGGUGGUGCCCCAGAGUUAUCUGACAGAUAUGUAGCAGGAUUUCUGUGGCUGGACAAGCUUGGCUACUCCGCUAGUGCUGGAGUGAAUGUCGUCAUUCGACAGACGCUCUUUGGAGGAAAUUACGCGAUGGUGGGAAAGGACUUAGUUCCAAAUCCUGACUGGUGGGUCAGUGUGCUCUACAAGAAACUAGUCUCCGAGAACGUCCUCCACCUGGAGAGCGCCAAUAACAGUGGAACCUUGAGAUUAUACGCCCACUGCACCCCUGAAACUUCUCUCAUCAGUGGAGUACCCGCUGUCACGAUUUACGGAGUUAAUUUGGAUGUCCACAAAGCUCGAAUCUCCAUCCAGGGAAACUGGAUAAGGAAAAAUGCCAAAGUACUUCUGUAUAUUCUAACGGGGGACUUUUUAAAAUCAAGUGAGAUAAGACUGAAUGGAGGAAUCCUGAAGCUGAAACCCGAUGGAUCUCUACCCCCUUUUACCCCAGUGAUAAUUGAUCCCUCACAGAUUAUAACUCUACCUCCACUUUCCAUGGCAUUUAUCGUUAUCCAUGGGGCAGAGAUACCUGCGUGUAGUCCAUAACUUCCAGACUAAGAUAUCCUCUUACAUCUUUUUACUUCAGUAACUUUUAUUUUCAAUUACAUAUUUUCAUAAUCGUGACAAAAUUUUCAGUUACCCCGCAGAUGGAGCACAUCCACUGCGAUUAAUGAUAUUGUAAUUCUCUCAUCGAUACAUUUAAAGCUAGAGAUACGUCUUUUCAACUAACUGUGAACCUGUUUACAACCGUGACAAUUAUUCUGGACAAUUACUCAUCAAACAUAUUACAUCCCUCGUGGAUUCAAUGGAAAAAAAGUAUUCUAAAUUCCGAAAAAAAAAAAAA